AUGAGAGUAAGGUCAUGUCCUCGGGUGGGGCUGGUGGUGGGGUCCAGGAAUGGGAAGGGGGGUAAGAAAUCCUCUAGGCUGAGAAUUGGGUCUUGGAACAUUUGGACGUUGACGGGGAAGUCUAUAGAGUUAGGUAAGAUUCUUCAGAAGAGAAAGAUCAGCAUAGCGUGUGUUCAAGAGACUAGAUGGAAGGGUAUUAGGGCACGAGAUGCAGACGGGUUUAAACUAUGGUACUCAGGGAGCGCUAGGGGUAAGAAUGGGGUAGGUAUUUUAGUAGACAGGGAUCUUAGGGAGCUCGUGGUUAAGGUUAGGAGGAUAAAUAAUAGGUUUAUGAGUAUUAAGCUGGUAGUUGGUGGGUUUACUGUAAACAUGAUUAGUGCAUACUCUCCUCAGGUAGGUUUGGACCAGGAGGUCAAGAAGCAAUUCUGGCAGGACUUGGACGAGAUGGUGCGUAGUAUCCCGCACACAGAGAAGUUGUUCAUUGGUGGAGAUUUCAAUGGUCAUAUUGGGGCUAGUGCUAGGGGUUAUGAUGAUGUGCAUGGCAGGUACGGUUUUGGGGAUAGGAAUGAGGAAGGUAAUUCAUUGUUGGAUUUUGCUAGAGCUUUUGAUUUGGUUAUAGCCAACUCGAGUUUUCCGAAGAGGGAAGAGCACCUGGUCACUUUCUAA